AUGGAGAACCAGACAGAGGUGAAUGAGUUCAUUUUCCUGGGCCUCAGCAAUGUGAGGGGUCUGCAGUGCUAUCUCUUUGCCCUCUUCCUGCUGCUCUACAUGGCCAGCGUGCUGGGGAAUGGAGCCGUUGUGGCUGUGGUACUGGCCGCCCGGCUUCACACCCCCAUGUACUUCUUCCUGGGAAAUCUCUCCAGCCUAAACAUCUUCUACUCCACAGUCACUGUGCCCAAGAUGUUGGCUGGCUUCCUUUCGGGGCGCCAGACCAUCUCCUUUACCAGCUGUCUGGCACAGCUCCAUUUCUUCCAUUUCCUGGGCAGCAGUGAGGCCAUGCUGCUGGUUGUCAUGGCCUACGACCGCUACGUGGCCAUCUGCAACCCACUGCGCUACACACUGGUCAUGAGCCCACAGGUCUGCCUGCUGCUGGCAGCAGCCACCUGGGCUACUGGCUUCCUGUAUGCCCUGAUGCACACGGUAAUGACCUCCCAGCUGCACUUCUGUGGUCCCAACCGUAUCCACCACUUCUUCUGUGACAUCAAGCCCCUGCUGAGCCUGGCCUGCAGCAGCACCCGCCUCAACCUGAGCCUCCUCAACACAGUCACUGGGAUUUUCGGUAUGAGUCCGUUCAUCAUCACACUCCUCUCCUAUCUCUACAUCAUCUCUUUCCUCUUCCUGAAGGUACUGUCACGGGAAAGCAGGAGAAAGGCCUUCUCCACUUGCACCUCCCACCUCACCGUGAUAGCACUGUACUAUGGGACAGUGAUGUUCCCAUACGUGGGUUCUUCUUCAGGAAGCUCCAAGGGAGAAGAGAUGAUCAUCACCCUAGUGUACAGUGUCAUGACCCCAGCUCUGAAUCCUUUCAUCUACACCCUGAAGAACAGUGAGGUGAAAUAUGCCACCAGGAAAUUCAUCACUAGAAAACUCUUCCCUGAAAGGAACUGA